AUGGUAGUCUGGAAAGAUAUACUAAUUCUAAUCCUGAUUGGCAUACUGGAUCUUCAAUCCAACGCUUCAUUUUCCAUCAUUUCCUCAUUCUUUCCAAAAGAGCUUUCAAAGAUAGGUUAUCGAGUAGCAUUUCUUGGUGGAGUUUUGAUAGUGGCCACUUCAACUCUAGCAUUUUCUAUGGUCAGCGAAAUAAAGAUGACCGAAAAACCUUGGAUCUUCAUUAUGUGCUGCAUGAUAGCUAGAGGUUUCCAAGGCCUAGGUUGCUGUUUAUAUUUACUCGCGGCUUUCGUGUACGUCUCACAGCUGUUUAAUGACAACAUUGGAUUAGCUUUCGGUUUUAUUGAAACGUGUGAAGGUUUAGGAGCUAUGGGAGGCCAUGGUCUAGGAGGAUGGCUGUUCAUGUAUGGAGGGUUCAAGUUUCCUUUCAUAGUUCUCGGAAUGAUCAUUUUGGGGACAACUAUCAUCGUCAAUUUUGUUAUACCAGAAAUUAGAAUUGAAGCAGAAAUCAAUGAAAGACGAGAAAAUGGAAAUAUGUUGUCUCAAUUCGCUGCAUUGUUGAAAGAUGGACGAGUGUUUUGCGUUAAUAUCUUGGUUUUAGGCGGGUCUUUUAGCAUUUCGUAUAUGGUAGCGUUCGUGGCUGUUUACCUUGAAAGGGUUAACAUAAAUAAUUAUCCUCAACUAGCUUACUCUAUACUGUUUAUGUUUCUGGGAUUGGCGUACGCCUCUCAACUUAUUCCUGCCAUUGCUGAUCUUUUCGAAUACUCACGUUCUUUAGAUAACGAUGAUGAAAGCUCUAAUUUACAAAGAAAAGGCGUGAUCUCUGGUCUAUACAAUUCCACUCUAUCUUUAGGAGCUUUGAUGGGUCCUCUGUGUGGCGGACUUUUUAUUCAAGCCAUGGGAAUAUCCAAGGCAUCCGUGGCGAUCUCAUUUUGCAAUAUUUCCCUGGUAUUCAUAGGUUUAGGGUUAAUUUCAAAGAAAAGUGCAAUUGAAACUCGUCAAAAUAAUCCUUUAAACGGCGACACUACUCCAAUCACAGAACAUCAGGAUGAACAAUUAUUAUGGACUUAA